UAUUUCACAAGUGUUACUUCAGUUCCUGAUAUUAGUGGACAGGAACACUCUGAUAAUGACUGUAGAAGGUUUGCUAGAGCGUCUACAGAAAAAGAAGGACAUUGUUGUAGCAGAAGGGUAUAUUUUUGAAUUUGAGCGGCGGGGCUACUUGAGGGCAGGAUGUUUUGUACCAGAGGUCGUGCUCAAUCAUCCGGAACUGGUCCGCUCUCUUUAUGAAGAAUUUGUCCAUGCAGGAAGUGAAGUAGUUCUUGCUUUUACUUACUAUGGGCAUCGAGAAAAGUUGAAAUUGAUUGAUCGAGAGGAUGACGUCAAAGAACUGAACAUAAAAGCCCUGAAAAUUGCCAAAGAGGUCGCUAUAAACACAGGAACCUUAAUGGCGGGAAAUAUCUGUAAUACUACUGUAUUCGAGCGAGGGAACCAGGAAGCCAUUGACACUACAAGAAUAAUGUUUAAGGAGCAAAUCGAGUGGGCAGUAGAAUGUGGCGCGGACUACAUUGUAGCAGAGACGUUCAGUGAAUAUGCGGAAGCUGAACUGGCACUGCAAUGUAUCAAACAAUAUGGAAGAGGAUUGCCGUCAGUAGUGUCACUUGUUCCCCAUGGUAAGGAUAUUACGUCAGAUGGACUCACAUUUCCUGAAGCUUGCAAGAAACUCGAAGAGGCGGGAGCGGAUGUGGUAGGACUGAACUGCUGCAGGGGUCCAAAAACAAUGAUGCCACUCAUAAAGGACAUCAGAAAAGCUUGCAAGGGUCCGAUUUGUAUGUUACCAGUGCCUUACCGUACCACACCGGAGCAACCAACCAUGCAAACACUGAGAGAUGCAGAGUCAGGAAAGACUGCUUUUCCGUUUGAUCUUCCCGCAUUUGCGUGUAGUCGAACUCAGGUUGCUGAAUUUGCUCGAGAGGCCAAAGAAGUUGGAGUGCAGUACAUCGGUCUUUGCUGUGGAAACGCAGCUCAUUACAUCCGGGUAGUUGCGGAGGAAUAUGGAAGAAGACCCCCAGCAAGCAAAUUCUCCCCGGAUAUGUCGGAGCAUUAUAUCUUUGGGGAUAAAAAGCAUGUUAAAAGUUACCACGCUACAAAUCUUCUUCCCGAUAUGUAGACUGUUAUUUCACUGGAGAAAAGAGAUCAUGUUAAUAUUGACGUUUUAUGUUUUUAAAAUUAUCAAGUAUUUUUGUUGAUACAUGUAUAUAAUAACUUAAAAAAGCCAUUGCUAUCCAGACUAAAGACACUUAAUUCAUACCAAUGUCAAAAUAUCUUUUAAGGGGAUGUUUUAAAUUCUUCAAAAUCAUAUGUCAAUUUUGAAUAUUUUUAAUAUGUCUUUCAACCAAAAUGAAUUUGAAUUACCAUAUCUAUACUGGAUUCCGAAACUUCAUAAAAAUUCUUAUAAAGAUACAUAGCGGGUUCUACCAAGCCUCUGUCUUUACUCCUCAUUAAAAUAUUAACAGUAGCGAAGGAGAAACUUCAGGAGUACUGUGCAACUACAAUAUAUUUGAUAAGUGGUGCAAAUCAGAUGUGGAUACUUAAAAAUUCCAAAGAACUUUUGGAAAAUUUGAAAUCACGAAAUUUUACCAAAUCAAUAACAUUUACGACUUUUCAACUUAAUAUACAACCAUUUCCCACGAUAAAUUAAA